AUGGACGACCAUGGCGAGUUCGACAGCGUCUCAUGGCAGCGCGAGGAAGCACCGCAGGCAGAGUCUUCGACACCCUUUCAUUCAUCUCUGCCAGAGCGACCCGCCAGCGGACGCCGAAGUGAUAGCUUGUCCAGCGAACCGCAAGCGGGAGACCAGGCAGACCAGGUCGACUUAGCAGGCAUUGGCCGCGACGGGAUUCUGGAGGUCACUGUUGAUACUCCUCUAAAAGAGAAUGAUGGAACAAAGGACGCAUAUGUCUCCUACCUCGUCACAACUCAUACAGACUUCAAGUCCUUUCAGAAAACCGACUUCAGUGUCCGCCGACGCUUCACAGACUUUGUGUUCCUGCGCCAGUCGUUGCACCGAGACUACCAAGCAUGCGCAAUCCCUCCCCUUCCCGAGAAAAACAAUAUGGCCUAUGUAAGAGGAGAUCGCUUCAGCUCAGAGUUUACCCAGCGGCGGGCAUGGUCACUACAUCGCUUCCUGAAACGGUGCACCCUCCACCCGGUUUUGCGGAGGGCACCCAUACUGAUCCUCUUCCUGGAGACCACCGACUGGAACGCCCAGAUGCGCUUGAGGCCUACAAGAAGCAGUACCCUGAGCGAAAGUGGUGCGCCUAACACAGCCGCGGCCGCCGGCUUCUUCGAUAAUGUCGCAGACACCAUGCUAAACGCCUUUUCCAAGGUCCACAAGCCUGAUAAGCGCUUUAUUGAAGUAACAGAACGAGCCAACAAGCUAGACGAGGAUCUCUCCCAUGUCGAAAAGAUCAUAGCUCGCGUCGCCCGCCGAGAAGGAGACCUGGAGACGGACUACGCCGAACUGGCUCACAACAUGCGCAAACUCACCCCACUAGAACCAGCAAUCGAAGCCCCCUUACAAACCUUCGCCGGCUGUGUCGAAGAAUCCUCGCGAGGCUGGAAACAACUCAAAGACCAUACAGAUCAGAACUACCUAGGCUCGCUGAGGGAUAUGGAAGCUUAUAUCAACUCGGUCAAAUCCCUGCUAAAAACUCGAGAGCAGAAGCAGCUCGACUUUGAAGGACUGACUGAAUAUCUGCAAAAGGCCACUUCGGAGCGAGACAUUCUGGCUUCCAACAACCCGUACUCCCACGGCAGCAAUCUCAACCCUGCAACGUUCAUCCGCAACAAGGUGGAAGAUAUCCGCGGCGUAGAUCAUGAAUCCGCUCGCCGAGAACGAGCUCGAAAACUAGAGCUCAAGAUUGCGGAACUGAAUCGGGAAGUUGAUAGCGCCAAAGGCACGAGUGAAAUGUUCGACGAGCAGGUGGUCCGGGAAGUGGCCGACUUUGAGAGGAUCAAAGGAUUGGAAUUCAGAGACAGCCUAGGUGCGCUUGCCGGCCAGCACAUUGAGUUUUACCAGAGUGUCAUCUCGACGUGGGAGAGGUUUUUGGUCGACAUGGACGCGGACAAGAACCUCCACAAGGACAAGGGGAGGGCUGCGGCGUGA